GGAAACUAACCAGGCUCGGCUUCUCCAACAUGCCAUUGUCAAAUUAAGCUGGCGCUACGGAUACGUGCUAAGGUUACGGCCUAGUGUCCACUGUCCGCCGUUGGAAGGGCAUUUCAGCGAGUGGCCUGCUCAACUGUCCAACAGCAUUCGUUCGGCUUGAGCCCCGAGAGCGGCUGGUCUUUGCAUGGCUCUAGCAGGCCGCCCCAGCAGAAAACAUCGAAAUCGCUGCCGAUGGCCCGAAAUUUCCUCCGACAUGCUCGCCAGGACUCCCACGUCCCUUGUUUCUUUUCCGACUUUCUGCCAGACUGCCACGCUUCUGACGUAGCAUUGGGCUCCGUCACGGCAGAGUAGCCUCGCAACCAUCAUGUCACAGACUCCAUACGGGCACGGAAUACACAAUGCACAGUAGACUGCGGCUGGGCUGGUUGCCCUUAGUUGCCGUCUGCUUUAUUGGCCGCCUCGGACAUCUAGAUAUAUACCUACAGAUAUCCCAACGGCGCAUGUCUCAAUGCAUCGUGACACAUGGGCACUCUGCUCGGUCAGUCAGCCGAGGGCGAGCAAGCCGACGCGGCCAAUGGUAUGGCCCCAAGCCCCCGGGUAGUAGGCGAUGUCAUCGUCGUUGCGCAAGAUUUGAUCUCGCCAACCGCGUCUUCCCGCCCUGGAACGCUCCGCAUCAGCCAUCAUAUGUCGAGAACUGGUCAAUUGCCCCGGGCCCGACGAGGCCCUGUCCUUGUCAAAAUAUGCUCCUGCAGCACGCAGUGCGCUUAGCCUGCAGUAUGUGAGUGAGUGCGUCCCUAGCCUCUCCUGGGAAAAGUCGUGCCGCAAGAGACGAUCACUCCCCCUCCUGAUGGCCUUCUUGAGAGGGCCACCACUCGCGUGGGCCGGGGAUGCAUCCAUUAGCACGCCGCAUCCCACUUCC